UGAUCUGACCCAGAUUCUGAGCGAUGAGUUUGACGCGCAGUCGCCAAUCGUUGCCGCGCGCAACCUCAAGCAAGUCCACCAAGAAUUCCAUCUCAGUCUCAACUGUUACUAUUACUACUUCCAUUGCUGCGCCUCGUGCGGCAGGUACAAGGAGACGCCCGAACAAGCUCACCGAGACCGAUCAAUCCGAGCAAUUGGGACAUUUCGCACCAGUAACCCGGUUUUCCAUCCCAGUCCCGAACGACCGCUCGUUCAAGCUGUACAGCGCAAUCGACUCGUGUGGAUUUUCACGCAUUCACCCGAACAAGUGGGUUGCGAUGGCCAAGCACGCUGAAAGUCGCUCGGAUUCGGGCGACUUGCCGGUCAUGACACGCAAGAAGAUUCGCCUCGACCGCGAUGCAGAUGAGCCGGAACUCGAUGCGCGAGACUCACGCAUGCCCGAUGGCAUUGACGGAUACUUUCAGCGCACCUUCCACCGCGGCGACGGCGUGGCGGUGGUCGUGCGCAUGUGGCAGCAAUUGGGCACUGAUGACGCUGGUGAUCCGCUUCCAAGGGUCGAGUGCCUCUGCCAUCCGCCCCUGCAUAGUGCAUCGGAUGUUGACGUGAUUGUCGGGCAGAUUGCGCGAAUGCUGCGCCUCGAUCUCGACACGCGCCCGUUUCACAAUCUCUUCCCGGCAGCGUUUCAUUUGGGAUUUGGCCGAGUGUUUCGGUCGCCCACGCUAUUUGAGGAUUUCGUCAAGACCAUCACUUCGACCAACGUGGUUUGGGGUGGCACGCGCAAGAUGAACGAGCGGCUGUGCGAAACGGCAGGCCAGCGCAUUGAACUCCCGGCAAGUUGGAAUUGGGGUGUUUUGACAACAACCGACUCGCCACUCGGUCCCGACAGUGUCAUGGUUCAGGCUGAUUCAGCGGCGGCAGCAGCAGCAGCAGCAUCAGCAGCAGCAACAACAACAACAACAACAACAGGAGCAGCAACCACACCUGCACAAUCCGACCGCAAGUCGGCCAAACGCAACGCAAAAGCGGCAAACCUCGCCGCGUCGAUAGAGUACGACCCCGCAACACCCGAAGUGGUGUACUCCUUUCCCACGCCAUUGGAAGUGCUCAACCUCGGUCUGGAAGGACUCAAGGAGCAGUGUAGGGUGGGCUACCGUGCCGAAAGCAUUCUACAGCUGGCGGAAGCGAUUGUAAACAAUCCAAGCACUCUUUCGUCCAUCGAGAAGCUCGUAAACUCAAAUGCCGACAUUGAUCUGAUUAAGAAACGCGUUCAGCAGUUUCGGGGCAUUGGACCGUACGCAUGCGCCACCAUCAUGACUUGUCUUGGGGUUUUUACGCACUUGCCGGUCGAUACCGUUUUCGUCAAGCACUUUCGGGACUUUCAUGGGUGUCGGGACAAGGAUGCCAAGCUCGUUGAAGUUGCCGGCAAGCGACACUACGAUUCCUUCCACCCGUUUCAGUAUCUGGUGUACUGGUGCGAGGUAUGGACAAGCCAUCGCAAGUCAAUGACGUACGAGCAAAUGGUGGCAUUGUCGCAGCGAGGCGUGUGAUCAAGUGUUGAAGACGAACUGGUGUUUCAAAGAAGUGUUGUGUUGUCCAUCAGCUGCUUUUUGACAUCAACAAACAACAAUACAAUCCAGAAUUUGAGAUGA